GUGCGACUUGCAGCCUGCGAAGCGUGGCUUGCAGUGAUUCUAUCCAGCAGUCAAAUCAUGAUUGUUCCCUUCAGGCCUUCCUCCUCUCGCUGUCUGCCUUGAGAAGACCAAGGAUUUCAAUCGUGGCCAUUCACUGGAUCCCAGGAGACAUCCAAGGGAAUUUCACGUGAUCCCAAUCCGUCAUUGUUGGUGCCUCAGACCUCACAAGGCAUACUACACUUGGUGACACACAGAUACUUAUCCUCGAAACCCAAAGACACUCCCUCCUACUCAGUACCAGUCGUGCCAGUCUGAGAUCCCAUCCUCACAACCCAAUUCCUUCUACCGAUUCUUCUUGCUCUGAUGCCUAAUCUGUGAGGAAUCCAUGUCGGUUCGCAUUGUACUUGAUCAGCCCGAACACAGAUGCUACACCAAUCUCGACUUCAUCACCGGCACGGUCCACCUAGUCCUCCCCAACGAUGCCACCAUCUCUGCCAUUACUGUCAAGCUCGAGGCCGAGAGUCGCACAAGGCUCUCAGCUCCAAAGUUUCCAGAGAACGAACGUUCUGACAAGAAGAGAGUUGAACUCGAGUUACACAAGGUGCGAUUGGUUCCUCUCCAGUCACCAAGAUUCCAGUCUUACAUUGGCUUCUAGCUCUUGUACAAGGUUGUGACUGUGUUCCCUGCCCCGGAUGUCAAGGAGAGGAGCACUAGCGUCGCUGGCUACACCCUCCUUGCAGGACAAUAUGUGUAUCCUUUUAGUAUCAAGUUUCCCUUCAACAAUGAUUGUACAAAUACCCCGAAUGCGCUCAAGGACAUCAAAAUGGGCCAAGUCAAUGUCUCGUUCGCCCCAGUCAUAACCAAGCAUGUCAAGCAGACUCUGCCGCCCUCCUUGCCAGGCUUUCCUGGCGAGGCCGAAAUCAAAUAUUACAUCAAGGCAACAGUGGUCAGACCAAAGUUCUUUCAAGAGAAUCUCAGAUCGGUCAUCGAUAUCAAGUUCUUGCCAAUUGAACCUCCCCGGCCACCAGAUACCCAUGAGGAGACCUAUGCAAGAAGGAAGCGCCAAUUUCAGCGUUAUAGUGGUUCCCAACCCCAACAGCAGAAAAAGACCCUUUUCCGGAAGAAUUCGGCUACUGAGUCGGCCGAGGAGGAGCCACCGGCCUUUCAAGUCGACGCACGCCUUCCAAGCCCUGCAAUCAUUACAUGUAACGAGCCACUGCCCCUUCGAAUAUUGGUGGAGAAGUUGAACAACAGCUCUGCAACUGCAUUUCUCAGCAUGCUUCAAAUCGAACUUAUUGGUUACACUCAUAUCCGGGCGCAUGAUCUAGAACGCGUCGAGAGUGUCAGUUGGAUACUCAUGUCCCAUGCAAAUAUGAACAUGCCACUUGGCAAUCCUAUAGACAAGGGUCGCAGAGAGUGGAAAUUGCCUUCGCGGCUCUGGAAGGACCAUCCCAUUCCAAACACCGUCGCGCCAACCUUUGAGACCUGCAAUCUUUCACGAAGGUACGAAUUGGAAAUAAGAGUCGGACUGGCCCAUGGACUUGCAGAUGGAGUUCGACCAGAGCUUAUCGUUCUGCCCCUGAAAUUACCCGUCGAGGUAUAUUCUGGCAUUGCGCCUCCUGAGAAACUGCUACAAGCAAUGGCAAACAAUCCUCGGCCGCAACCAACCCCGGCACCACUUUUCCCACGACCCUCCAACAUGUCACAGACUCCAUCACCAGCCUAUCCUCAGGGCAUGCACGUGCCUACACCGACGACUGCUACGCCCACAACAAAUGUCAACCCUUUCCCCGCGCCCAUUGGCCAGGUCAAUACUCAGCAAUCAUAUCAAGUGCCUGACGAUGCUCCUCCAUCGUAUGAGGAUGCGAUCGCUGACGAGAUAGCCCCUGUUGAUGGUCCCAGAAGAGACUAUCAUCCCUCCGGAUCCGGCAACGUUCAACUAGAGCCUUUCAAUCCCGAUUCCAAAAGCGGACUCAAUCGACGGUUUAGUGAGAGAUUAUUUCCAUCAAAUGCCCCCUCGUUUGAACAACAUAGAGCAUCUGAAGCUAGUGCUAUGUCAAGUACGCCGAUCCCCGAACACGGUCCGGAGUCGCCCAGUCCUUCGGUCGAAACACCCUCGAGCCCUUCUCGUUCUCAGAUUUGGAAGCAAAACCUGUCCAAAAGACUCUCGGGGGAGAAGCAGUGAGAGUCUGUCUCAUGUCACUGGUUCGAGGGAUGCUAAUGGAGUCUCAUGCUGGCCUUUCAACAUCUCGAAGCUCAAACGUCGUUGACAUGGCAUUAAUUGCACAACAGUCUCCAGGCUACAAUGAAGGCGUUGAAAAUCAUAAACCAUGCAACCAAAAACCAGAGCCAAAUGGUUCGAGUCGCUACGUGGAUCUUCGAAUCCCUUGGGUGUUUUGACACAUUCCUUCUCUAGGGGUGGUUUGCAAGGACCCUUCCAACUCUUGGCUCGAAUUCACCAGAUAUCGAGGCCGUUUUCCCAAGCCGAUGGACGAUUUCACUGUGUCUCCUAACCUCUUUCCUUUGCUCCUACGGCUUCAAAUGAUCCAGGUAGUGCGGUGCACCAGUGCAGUCCCUCGUACAGUAGGGGUUUGAAUGCGACAUGGUUUCCCUCUCCCUCAACAACAAGGGAGCACAAAGUCGGUGUAGAAGGGCUUGACUAGAAUACAGUAUAAUGAGAUAUAUAGAUUAUCGCCUGGCCAUUCAAUACUAAGUGGACAUGAGAAGACCUAAGCUUCCAUUUCCACAGUCAUUAUCUUUGAUACCAUCUGCAUAAUAAUAAAUAAGUAGGUUGAGG